GGGAGGCUGUGGGGGUGGCUGGGCGGGGAGGAGCGGGUGCGGCGGCGGCGGGGCAGCGGUACCCGGUGGAGGACUCGGAGCUGCAUGGAGGCGAGUUGGUCCCCCACGGUCGCGACGUCUUCACCACGCGGCCCUACCAGGACGAGGAGGGCCGCCGCCUGGGCGACUCGCUCUACCUGGCCGACCUCUUCUUCCAGCUGGGCGGUGAGCUGGGGCUGCGGGUGGUGCGGUACGCGCACAUGGACACGCUGCUGCGGGGCGGCCGCAACCCCAUGUCCAUCGUGGCGGCCGCGGAGCAGAUCAUCGCGGCGAAGGAGUACGCGGAGGAGGCAGCGGCGGCGGCGGCUGCCGCAGCCGCAGCCGCCGCUGCCGCGGCGGCGGAAGCCAGCGCCGUCGCCGCCGGUGCGCCGCCGUCGACGUCGCGGGAUAAGAAGGAUAAGAAGAAGAAGGGCGGCGGCGCAGCCGCCGCCGCUGCCGCGGCGGCAGCCGCGGCAGCGGCAGCUGCCGCUGCCGCCGCAGCUGCUGAGGCCAACGGCAUCGGCGCGGUUGCUGGCGGCGGUGGUGGCGAGGGCGGCGAGGAGGCAAUCAUCGUGGACCGGGUGGGCGACCCGACGCUGCUGUCGGACCUGUACGUGCAGCUGCUGAAGAACGUGUUGAUGGACGUGUGGGAGGGCAGCGGCAUGACGCGGUGGGAGCGGCGGUGGCUGGAGGUGCUGGAUGAGGGCACGUGGGCGGAGGUGCUGCGGAGAUACGCGAUCGUCAGGGCGGGCUCCGCCAACCGCGAGCCGCUGAGCGCUGCCGCCGCCGCCGCCCUGGCCUCGCUGGGCCGCGACGACCCCGAGAGCCUGACGGGCGACCAGCACGCGGCGCUGCUGCUGCUGCUGGCGGAGGACGUGAUGGAGAUGGAGCGCAUGCGCAACUGGAUGCAGAGGAGGCUGGACUACGGCACCAGUGUGGCUGCGGGUCUGCGUGCGGACAUUGCGGAGGAGCGCAAACGGCUGCGGGAGCUGGCGGGGGCGGAGAAGGAGGCCAAGAAGAGGAAGCGGGACGGGCCUGACGACGUAGCUGCUCGUGCCGCUGCCGGCGGGGGCGCCACCCCGGGCGGGGCCGCCGUCACACCCGCCGCUGCCGCCGGGGGCCCGGGCAGCAAGCGCAUCAAGCUGUCUGGCGCCGCCGCCGCUGCGGCUGCCGCACACAUCGCUGCAGCCAGUGCGGCCGGAGGUGGUGAGGAGGGAGGUGCUGGUGGUGGUGCUGACGAGGCUGCUGCUGGUGCGGCGGAAGAGGACCUUAUUGACCCCCCGGAGCCCUGCUGGGAGCUGCCGGAGGAGUUGCGGGAGUUUGUGGGCGACCCGGAGGACAGGCGCGCGGUGGCGAGCUUCAGGGCGCGACAGCAGGCUGCUCGUCAGCGUCUGGAGCGGGCUCGGGCGCAGUGGCAGGCGGACCUCAAGCGGCGCGCGAAGGAGCGGGAGCUGCGGCGCCGGCACCUGGAGCCGGAGCAGCAGCGGGUGGCGAGGGAGCGGAGGGAGGCGGAGGAGGCGCUAGUGGCCCGCCAGGAGGCGCUGGACCGGGAGUUGGACCGCUGCCACAUCCGGCGCGCCCCGCUGGGCAGCGACCGGCACCACCGGCGCUACUGGUGGGGACUGGCGGGACUGCGGUCGCUGGUGCUGGUGGAGCACUGCGAGGGCGGCUGGAGCGCCAUCAGCGGGCCGGAGCAGCUGGAGGCGCUGCUGGGCAGCCUGGAUGUCAGGGGCAUUCGUGAGUCGGAGCUGCGUAAGGCCCUGGAGAAGGCGCAGCCGGCCAUCCUCACCGCCAUGGCAAAAGUACGACACCUCGUACAGAGCGGCGAGGCGGCGUCGGCGGCGGAAACCGCACUGGCGGAGGCGGCCGACGCCAUGGAGGGGUACGGACUGGACGGGGAGGACUUUGGCGGGCCGCUUUCCGGGCCCUAUCGGGGUCCCAGUGUGCGGCAGCUGGUGGACUGCGUUGUGGAGAUGACGACACGCGCGGAGGCGGAGGAUGUCCCGGGGCCGGCUCGGGGGUGGCGGGACUGGCGGGAGCGGUUCGUGGCGGUGGUGGAAAACGCGGAGCCGGAUGGGGAGUGGGCGGCGGAGGAUGCUGCCGCGGGGGUGGCGGAGGGGGGUGCGGUGGUGAAGGUGGAGGGAGGUGAGGAGGGCGGUGCUGGGGUGGAGGGAGCGGCAGCAGCAGCGGGAGCAGUGCAGGGUGGAGGGCCUGCUCCCGAGGUCAAGGCGGUGUAUGCGCAGCUGAGUAGGCGGCUGUUGGAGCUGCAGCGCUGGUUCUUUGCGCACAGCGCGCAGGAGGGGCACCCGCGCUUCACGGAGAAGAUGCCGGCGCCCGGCGGCACCACGGCGGCGGCGCACAAGGCGGCGCUGGCGGCGGCGGCGGCAGCAGCGGCGGCAGGUGGGGAUGCGGCUGCUGCUGCCGCGGCGGCUGAGGCGGCGGCGGGUGCCGCGGAGGAGGGCGGCAGUGAGGGGGAGAGCGAGGGAGAGGAGGACGGCGAGGAGGGCGGUCGGGGGCAGAGCGAGGCGCCUCAGGACGGGGAGGAGGAGGGCGACGAGGAGCGCCGGCGCAAGGACCGGAUGCGGCAGCGGCGGCCCUCAGAUGUGGUCGUCGACGACGACUCGCCCGAGCUGGUGGACCGCGACCUCACACGCGACGAGGAGAAGUCGCGAUCCAGCAACGGUUUUUGCCGCCACUUCCUGUGGCGCAGCAAGCGCGAGCAGGCCAGCUGGGUGGGGAUGGCGGAGAAGGCGGCCACCGCGCCGCGACUCACGUUCUGUGCGACCACGCUGGCCUUCCACGCGGCUGGACUGCUGGGAAUGACGGUCAAGUGGGCAAAGAAGCCGAAGAAGCACUGAGGGGGUUGAACGAUACGUUGUGGGGUUAGAUGGGGGUAGCAGGUAGGGACGAGGGGUGGAGGAAAGGUGGAGGGGGGAUAGACGAUGAGGGCGGUCGCUCGGUUUGUAUUAGAUGGCAGUUGCAUCCCUAGUCCCUUACUAGGCGUUGACGCCGUACGUAUCAUUAGUGACUGGCUGUGACCGACAGUUGGCGCUCAUCCACCUGUUGUUUUUAUGGUUGGCUACCCUCUGUUAUCCGAGAAUUACAGGAAGCUUAGGCUCUAGGACGGAACAUCAGUGUCUGUGAACACUUACUGUAUGCGCUUACGACUUUUAGGACGGGAUUUUCAUCCUCUGAGAGAACAGUGUUAUAAACAACGCGAUCUGUGAUAUUUAUUUGUCCUGAAGCCGAAGGAUGUCAGCCUUCGGGCGUGGUCUUCUUUUGGCAGGCAGAUGCCGCGCACUUGCGCAGUCAGCUUGCCGCAGAACAUCGCUGGCGUCCAAUGCGAAUGAUGCAAGCACAUCUGGGAGGACCUUUAGCGCUUCGAGCGGAGAAGUGCAAGCACUCCGGCAGGAGUUGUUGAUGGGUGCACUUUCCCACGUUAAGGAGCGCGGAUGGACCGCUGCAGCCUUGGUUGCAGCCGCUCACGACCUGAAAUUAUCACCGGCUGUUACGGGUAUCCUGUCUCGCGGAGAAGGAGAGCUAGUGGAGUACUUCAUGGAUGAUUGCAACCAGCGGUGUGUUGAGCAGAUAGCGGCUCGUAAGGAAGAACUCCAGCUCCUACCACUAGACGAGCGUGUUGCCCGAGCGCUUCAAAUACGCCUUGAACUGGUUGCGCCCUAUGUGGACUCAUGGCCGCAAGCGCUGGCAGUCGCGGCGCGGCCAUCAAACGCACCCCACAGCCUUAAGCUUCUGUUCAGCAUGGUGGAUGACAUUUGGGCGGCACUAGGCGACGAAUCCACAGAUCUUACAUGGUACAGCAAGCGUGCAGCCCUGGCGGGGAUAUACACCAGCACGAGCCUGUACAUGCUAACGGAUUACUCGCCAGGCUUUCAGGAUACGUGGGCUGCGCUACGGCGGCGUGUGGCUGAGGGUCUCGCUCUGGACGCCUCCGUGCAGCGGGUCGUGCACUCCGCCUCGGCUGCCGCCACCUCGGCAGCAGCAGCAGCAGGGGCAGCGGCGGGGGAAGCUGGGGCGGCGCAGCAGGCAGGGGCAGCGGCAGCUGGGGCGGCGUCACCGGCAGGGGAAGCGGCGGCAUCUUCAGCAGCUGCUGAGGCAGCUUCACCAGCAGCCGCAGGGACAGGUGGAGGCGCUUCUGUUGGCGGCACCGCUUCAACGUAGUUUGGCCGUUGAAGCAAUGGUGCAACAGCCGAGGUCGAGUGUCUGGAGUGCAGAUAGCGCGGACUGGUGAUUGAGGUAGUCACGUGGCAUGGCCGCAUGGGAAAGCUGGGGCGAGGUUCAAUCAAUGCC